GGUUUUAGGGUUUAUUUGUUGACUUCUCGCUUUCUUUCUCUUCCUCGGAGAGUCGGAGGCCAUCGAGGAGGAGCGAAGUCGCUCGGCGGACGCAGAUCUUUACGAUUGUGCAAAUAAUUUGAAGACAUGAACCCAAUGUCCACACAAGCAUUCAUGGGAACUCAAGCAGUUCCUUCCGUGCUUCAUCCUGAUAAUUUGCAGCAGCAGGAGCAAUUGCUUUUGAGUUUGCUGACUCACAUAAAAGACCAGUAUUCCACUCUUAUAACAACUGAACAAACGAAACAGAUUGAUGCUAUAGUUGACUCAUUUGUUUCUGAGGGUCAUAAAACAGAGAAAGAGCAAUAUGGUGGCACCCGCAAUCAUAUCCUUACAAACUUGACCCAAGAGCCCGCCAUUUCUCCUGGCGAUUACAAUGAAGGCAGUCAUUCUGCAUCCACACUAGAGAUUGUAUCUGUGGGAGGAACCACAAACAGUAGGAAACGCAAAAGAGUUGAGGAGUAUGUACCUUUGGACCAUACCACAAAAAAACUAACUGGAUCAGAAUUGUCACUGAACAACUCUCCAUUCGAAUCCAAUGAAACUGGGAAAACUCCACAAUCAGCUUCCAUGAGCUCUCAAAAUGACAGAAGGACGAUCCACCUGAAACCUCGUGAGCCCCGUCAUUCUCUGUUUCGCAAUGUGGCCGCUGCAUCUGAACCCAACAAAGUAAAUCGUGUCAUCGUUGGUCCUCACGACACCACAGGACAUGGAAAACAAGCACCGACCGUUGCUUCUACCACAGCAGUUCCUCACGGUAACAUCCGACUCGCUCCACGCAAAACUAGGAAGGUGGAGGAUGCGAAGCCGACUCCAACACCUGCUGUGGCUUCCCCAGAAAGUGCAAAAGGUGAUACAAAUCAUCCGCUGGACGGGCGUAGUCUCGAGCGGAAAGCGGCCUUCCAGAGAGAGAGAGCGAGAAGGCUCGUGGAACAGAAUAGAAUGUUCGCUUCUAGGAAGCUCUCUCUCGUCCUCGAUUUGGACCACACCCUCCUCAAUUCAACAAAGUUUGUAGAUGUGGAUCCAAUGCAGGAAGAGCUUUUGAAGAGGAAAGAAGAGCAAGACCGAGCGAAGCCACAACGACAUCUCUUCCGCCUCCGACACAUGGGAUUGUGGACUAAACUGAGACCGGGCAUCUGGAAUUUUCUGGAGAAGGCUAAUGAGCUUUACGAGCUGCAUAUAUACACUCUGGGAAGCAGGCCGUACGCUACCGCGAUGGCAAAGCUGCUUGACCCGACCGGGUCUUUGUUUGGCGGGCGUGUCAUGUCGGGGAGAGACGAUGGUGAUAGAAUGGUCUCCCAGCGCAAAGAUCUGAAAGGGGUUUUAGGACUGGAAUGUGCCGCGGUGAUCAUGGACGACACUCCGAGUGUGUGGCCGAGUAGCCAACCCAACUUGAUUGCUGUAGAGAGAUAUCAUUUCUUCCCAAGCAGCAGACGCAAAUUUGGAGUUCCCGGGCCUUCUCUUCUGGAAAUGGAUCGUGACGAGAGGGAGGAAGACGGCACUCUUGCGUCUUCUUUGGCGAUCAUCCAGCGAAUUCACGACGACUUCUUCUCGCGUCACGCGGACGGUGAUUUUAGAAAGCUACUGUUACGAAGCUAAAGGACUGAGCUUCGCCACCGGAAAAGCGUUGUGUUUCGUUGAGCUGUCUCGCUCCCAACAAGCAGUUGGCACGUUCGCCGCCUCCGAUUAGGAGGAGUGAAAUGACACACCCAAGGAGGUGCGUCGGAUCCAUGUAAAUAAAAGCAUUACAAAACGUGAAUAAAUUUGAUCAUUUCAUAGGUUUCUAUAAUCUAAAAUGUUUCGAUUUUUAGUGA